AUGGCGAUGCCUUCCAUCCUCGCCGCGAACACGAAGCUUCGAAGCAAACGUGGGUCACUCAGAUACACGAGCGUUGACGAUGAACCAGAUGCUGAGUGGCAUAAUCUCGAGAUGUUCUUGACGGAUACUACUAUCGAAUACCACGCUAUCACGAUCAGUCAAAAGUCAAGUGACAAGAAAGCCACAUGCAGAGUCAUCUUUGAGCCCGUUUCUUACGGUCAACUGACGGUAAAGCGUGACAACGAAAGAGCAAUAGUCAUGACUUUCAAAGUGUAUCUCACUCCAAUAGUCGAGCUUCUUGGCGAGAAGUCUUUCGAAAUCAACACCUUGCCUCUCGCUCUCGUCAUUGUCACAGGUGCAAAUCACCAGCAACAGGAUAUUCUUUUCUGGAAUAAAGGGUGCAAAUCGCGGCGACGACUUGAUGAUUCGUCUAUCAAUCUGUAA